CACACCAGCUUCCUCACAGUGGACGCGGUGAGACACACAAGGGAAGGCAUGAUGUGAGAAAGCUAAGAACUUGACGCAGUAUCUGUACUCCUCUAUGUCGGGCGUGUAGAGCCUUUCAAGUGGUAAUACUGUACGGAAUACUACACUCAAGAUGACGGCGACCAAGACAAUAGUUAUCACAUUACCUAAACAUCUGACUCCAGGUGGCAGGGUGAUAGUGCCAGCUAACCCAACAGCUGGCACCAAACAGAUGUCAUUACUGCCAGGGAACUUUGUCCAUGUUAUCAAGAACGAACCUUCAGACGAGAUGAUGGAUGACUUGAGCAAACCCCCAAGGAAGAGGCAGAGGCUUGAUCAUCUUAGUAUCGAGGAGAAAAUAAUGAGAAGGAAGUUGAAGAACAGGGUGGCAGCACAGACAGCCCGAGACAGGAAGAAGAUGCGUAUGGAUCAGCUAGAAGCUCAGUUAGCAGAGAUGAGUGAUCAUAUUUCAGAAUUGACAGACCUAACUUCAGUGCUCACAGAACAGAAUACACAACUUGUAGAAAACAAUGCAGCCCUACAAGAGAUGUUGGCCAGGUGUACAUGUCAAGAUAAAACAAGUGUUGAAAUGGAUUGCAAGACGAAUGACAGUGAACCACAAAGUACAGAUGUGUUGGAGGGAGUCAUGAUCCCUGUCGAUGCCCCAACUGAUGGAUCAGCAGUAUCCUUACCCCUGCAGCGGGCAGUCGGAGCAUGGGCAAAUGAGGAUCAUGGUGCUCUCUACACUCUGCUCCCAGUGGAUAACCACAGCAGCCUUGAGUCUUGUAAUGAACACAAUGAUACACAAUUCUUCAAAGAUCAAUCAAACUCCAUCAUCAAACAAACAUCCCACAUACUCCCUGCCAGUGAAGAAGAGACCAGCUGGCCUCAAAUGGUGGGGCUCACAACAGCAAAUGUGGAACCCAACUGGGACAUAGCAGACCAUGACUAUACCAAAGGAUAUCCCACAGAAGAAAAUUUGAAUGCAAGACUUACUCCUGCUGAAGAAGACCUUAUUACACAAUUGAGUAAUGCAUUGGAUGAAGUUCCUACUCCAAAUAUUAAACAAAUAUCUUCAGAUGGCAUUGCAAUAUCUGUUAAUGAACUGGUGGAUCAAGCUGAAGACAUAGCCACUCCAGACAUUUUGAAAGAUUUUCUUGAUUUUGACAUAAAAACCAGUGCACCAGUAACCAUACCAGUUUCUGAAACUAGCCCAGGAAGGACCAAGCAACCUGUUACUUGGAGAGCACCGUCGCCAAUAAGUAAGGAGCAAAUUUUAGAUUUCCUCCAAGACAAAGUAACUAGUGCAAGUCCUGCAUCUCUCAUAGGUUCAGAAUCUGGUUAUGAGUCACUUUCAUCACCACAAUCUUUGGGGUCAACUGAUGAAGUUCUGUCACCGCAGUCAACUGGAUCACCUGAUGAAUUUGAGGACCACAGUUUAGACAUUGAUAUGGAUUCAUUUAAUGAAUUAUUUCCUUCAUUGUUUUGAUGCUUUCUCUAAUGCACCAAAUAUCACAAAAGUACCUGGAAUAAAUUAAUUUUAUAUGCAGAUAUUUAGUCAUGACAUGGAUGACAAUGUUUGUGAAUAGUAGGAGUAAGGCUUACAUUUAGCUUCAUUUGUGUGAUUUUAUUAAAGUGAAAAAUGAUA